AUGAAAAGAAAUUUGAGCACCACCACCACAGACGCAGAACAACAACAAGAAAAUUUCACCGAGCUCCCAAAACGAAACAAAACAAUGAAGAACGAUCAUUCAUCAUUCGUUUUCAACCUUUCCAAGCUUCCGAGCGAUGUUGUACUUCAUAGUAUUUUACCACAUUAUAUUCUCAAUCUCGAUCGCUAUGCUUUUCUGUACAACAAGCACAAGUACGACCUGUGUUUAUUAUUCAUGGGAAAAUUUCAUAAUCAUCCUUCGCAAAUUCAUUUAAUCUUCAAAAACGUUUCAAUCACGUCCUACAAAGCAGUGGGAAGGAACGGAGAGGUAUUCAACUUUUUCGAAAAAGGAAUUCUCGAUCGUGUGUUGCCAAGCAAACUUCAGUCCAUUUCAUUUCUGAGCAAUUUUUUCACACAAGGAACAAGUGUCUCCACUCUACCUUCAAUCAUUAUGGAGAGUGCCAUGUUUUUAAAACAUUUAAAUUUAACCUAUCAAACCACUUUUAAGGAUGUCGAACAAAUUUGCUCAUUGAAACUUCUUGAACACUUAAGACUCUCAAAUUCAUCGAUUCCUCUGCAAGAGAUUGUACAAAUUUUGAAAUCGAACGCCAAAUUACGUUGUCUGGAAUAUUGUUUUCCUCAUCCACCACCAAAUGAAAUUAUUGAUUCACAAAUUCUAUUAUCAGCAUUUCAAGAGAGAAGUUCCACUCUUGAGAGACUUUCUUUAAAUGGAAUUUCUGGACUUACAGAUUCCAUUGUUUCCAAACUCUUGGAAAUUUUACCAAAUUUAAAGGUACUGAGUGUACAACAUUCCCCACAUCUCACUAAUCAAGCAUUCAGUAAUAUUGAACAGAAUGGAAAGAAUUUAACGUUUCUUGACAUUUCUGGAUGUGAAAACAUAACAUGUCCCUUUAAAAUUGUACAAGCUCCAAACUUGAGAACUAUUGUGAUGGAAGAAUGUGAUCUCACUUCAAAAGAUGUUAGUAUUAAGAACAUUAGUUGCUCAGCAUGCAUCACUGAUUUGAGUUUGGAAAGUUGUGUCAUUAAGGAUGAAGUGUUUGAAACCAUCUUCUCAAAAUUUCCAUCUCUUACCAGUUUAAAUUUAACAAAUACUCGGUUUGUGGAAGAACGUAACAUUGAAACGUUCUUUAAAAACAUUCAAAAUCUCUCAGACCUUAAGGAACUGAAUUUGACAAAUUGUCAGUUUGUGAGUGAUGCGUUAUUCAGCAAUAUUGUGAAGAAGGAUUUGAAAAUGUUACGAGUGGGUGGUUGUACACGUUUGAGUGAUUCAUGCAUUCCACAUUUAUUGAAAUUUGAAAAACUCACCGAAUUAGACAUUGGAAAGACAAAAAUUUCGAGUGAAGGCGUUCAAUCCUUGUUGGACCAUUUCAAAAACACAAACACAAUGCUCGACUAUUUGAGUAUUCACCAGUUGAAUUUAAAAGAUUCAGAUAUUCUAAAUAUUCAAGGAUGGUCUCAAAUAGAAAGGUUAAACUUAUCAAAGAAUAGAAUAUCAGAUUCUGGAUUUAAAUCAUUGCUCAAAUAUUCAAAUCUCAUGUUCCUCAAUGUGAGUGACAAUUUGAUUACUGACAGUGGUAUUGACAAUGAUUUGUUUACAAACAAAACCCUCACAGGUCUCAUUCUUGUGGCAAAUCGGAAAAUCACCAACAAGAAGCGAUCACAAAUCGUUAUGAAAUGCACUCACAUCUUUGAUUUGCAUCUAUGA